UUGUUGAUAUCAAAACAGACAACCGCCUCGUUAUUCUUUGACUCCGGUUCCUCUUUAAAAUAGAUACAGAAAAUAGCACUACGCACUCCAUCUUUCACAUUUUGGCAGAAGCCUUUUAUUUGACAGACGGACUACAGACCAGACGGAAUCUGACGUCAUAUCCUGCAGCCCUCUCGCUCGACAAACAUUCAAACGGUUGGCGGUCAAACUGGCUGAGUGCAGUGUUCAAUGGCUCCAAACAAAUUUGUCAUAAAGUGUGGGAAUUUUGCUGUCCUGGUGGAUCUCCACAUUCUGCCCCUGGGCGGCCAAGAGGACGCCAGCUGGUUUACUACGGAACACGUUGAGGAGGUUACAGGCCUGGUGCAAGAUGCUGUGGACCAAAGGGUUAAGCAGUACACAGAGUCCCUCCACAAUAGAAGACAGCUCAAGCAAAAGAAGGAGCUGGCACCUGCUUCAGCCUUUUUUGUAAAAGGCAAAAAGUUCAACCUGGUUGCCAAUUUUCUGAAGCGCCACUUCAACCUUCGAUGUAUUGUCAAGCAGCUCCAUGGGGAUUUGCGUGUGUUUCCUGAACGCUACGUUGUGUGUGUGAGCUAUCACGAGGAUGCCUCAGCACACCAUGGAAACCCGAGCCUGGCCGCAACUGAGCUGAGCGAACAAAGCAGAUCAGAAUAUUUUUCCAGAGUGGGAGAAACCCAAGAGCCUUUAAACAGCCCCACAAAAACAAAGAAGACGGUGCUUCAAAAGAUAGCCAAACAAGCUGGUGUCCAGCAGCAGGUCUGUGCUUCCAGUAUGGGGGAGCAGCAAAUGGACCAGAGAGCCGGCCAAGAAGGACAAACAGGGGAACUUCGACUUGGAGAGUCAGAAUCAAGCCAAAAAGAGAUCGCACCCAGCUCUAGACAGAAGUCACUCUCGAAAGCAGACGACAAGGUGCCUGUCCCUGGUGCCUUAACCGAAGCCACGACUCAGAUUGAGUCUACUCAAAAGCAGGGCCCGACCCAGGAACAGCAGACUGAGAAUAAUCCUCCAGACAGCAAAAACCCAACUGGAGCCUCUGUAGUUUUCUGGCAACAAGAUAUCAGUCAUGAGACCAGCAAGAGCAAGAGGUGCAAGCCGAGCAAUGCUGGGGAAGACCCUCACCCACAGAGGGCCAAGAGGACGUGCCUUGGAAGACCUCCAGCCCCAACGCAAACUCACUCCACCAAGUGCUCUACACAAACAUCCAAGCAUGACCUUCUUCCUCCGCCGCCCCUUCCUCCAGGCGAAGCCAAGUCAGAGUCCAAGGCUUUCCCAGUCUCCGAGUGCACCAAAACCACACUGGAAGUAGAGCUGCUUACGCCAGGGAAACGCGCCCAGAGGCUCCCCCUCACAAGCAAUAACACGGCACAGACAAACCAAAACAGGCUGGCCACAAGUCUGAGGGGCCUAUCUGUCAAGCCUGCAUCCUCGGGCUCCUCUAUUAGUUCCAGAUCCGCACUCGGAGAGGAGGGGAAUGAAAAUGUGCCAAGAACCUCGAGAUUACGACGAAUGAAGAGGUCCUGAGGGUAGGCAAGGUGGGGGGGGGGCUACAGUAAAGAUGCCUGACGCCACGGAGAUAGAGAUGAUAUUUUGUCAGGCUACAUGUUUACCCCAUGCAGUCUCCUCAGAUGACUUGCAUUUUUACUACGAUGUCUGUUCUUUCCACAUGUGCUUUACAGACACACACACAUACACAAAGAGAUCAAAUGCUGAACACAUUAUGGCAAUUGAUACACAGGCAUUUGUGCUACGCUUUGUCAAAUACUUGAAACAGACGUUGCCUCCACCCAUAAAUAGUGGUGGUCAACAGAGGCUUGCAAAUGAAAGUCGAAAACCUUUAAUUGGAGUUUAGAUUUGGUUUUGUGUUAAAGAUUGGGGAUUUCAGACAGGCAGGAGCCAUGCAGUACGUCAUGGCUCUGGGUCUGAAACACUGGCUCCUACGUGUCUGAAAAGUGUCCAGUUUCCCCCGCUGAAGCUCUGCCGUGAUUGAUCGUUAUUUCCACAUUUAUUUCAUCCCUCGCUUCUCAAAAAAUGUCUUUUUUUUAAGUCAGAGCUCAUUCAUAUGCAAUUUGCUCAAUGCUUAGUUGCUAAGCACAUGACAGGACUUUAAAUGGAAGGGUUUUAUGCAGCUUUUUUACUGAACCUUAACCAAGUAUGUGUGGUGACAUGAGGAGUAUUGGAAGUGUUGGUGGUUUUAAAUAGGACGACGACAGAAUCUCAUCUGACGCUCAACAGGGCUGCUGACGUAGUUUAGUUGGAAGUCAACUGUCACUCAUGAUGAUAUAACUGUCUGAAUCCUGAUUUAUUUUUUCAAAGUUUUAUCCCAAAUAAAUGUUUUCAUUUA